AUGUCGACGGGAGAAAGCUUUGAGUCUCGAUUUGAAAAAAUCGACGUGACUUUAAAGGACCCCAAAUCCGAGGUGAACGUGGACUGUUUGCUGGAUGGAUUAGAUGCUUUGGUAUAUGACUUGGAUUUCCCUGCCUUAAGAAAAAACAAAAACAUUGAUAACUUCUUAAACAGGUAUAAAGACACGGUAAAUAAAAUGAGAGAUCUGCGCAUGAAAGCUGAAGAUUAUGAAGUGGUGAAGGUGAUCGGUAGAGGGGCAUUUGGGGAGGUUCAGUUGGUAAGGCAUAAGUCCUCAAGAAGAGUGUAUGCUAUGAAGCUUCUAAGCAAAUUUGAGAUGAUAAAAAGAUCAGAUUCUGCAUUCUUCUGGGAAGAAAGGGAUAUUAUGGCUUUUGCUAACAGUCCCUGGGUUGUUCAGCUAUUUUACGCAUUCCAAGAUGACCGUUACCUUUACAUGGUGAUGGAAUACAUGCCUGGUGGGGACCUUGUGAAUUUAAUGAGCAACUAUGAUGUUCCGGAGAAAUGGGCAAGAUUUUAUACUGCUGAAGUUGUGCUUGCAUUAGAUGCAAUUCACUCAAUGGGUUUUAUACACAGAGAUGUGAAGCCUGAUAAUAUGCUGCUAGAUAAAGCUGGUCAUUUAAAACUUGCAGAUUUUGGUACUUGCAUGAAGAUGAACAAGGAAGGUAUGGUACGAUGUGAUACGGCUGUGGGAACACCAGACUAUAUCUCUCCUGAAGUGUUGAAGUCCCAAGGUGGUGACGGUUACUAUGGGCGAGAAUGCGACUGGUGGUCAGUUGGAGUCUUUUUGUAUGAGAUGCUUGUAGGGGAUACACCUUUUUAUGCAGAUUCUUUGGUUGGAACAUACAGUAAGAUUAUGAACCAUAAGAACUCCCUUACUUUCCCUGAUGACAAUGACAUUUCUAAAGAGGCAAAAAACCUUAUUUGUGCCUUUUUAACUGAUAGGGAAGUGAGGCUAGGACGAAAUGGUGUAGAAGAAAUUAAACGGCACCUUUUCUUCAAAAAUGAUCAAUGGGCUUGGGAAACUCUCAGAGACACUGUCGCACCAGUGGUGCCUGACUUGAGUAGUGACAUUGACACUAGUAAUUUUGAUGAUCUGGAAGAAGAUAAAGGGGAAGAAGAAACAUUUCCCAUACCGAAAGCAUUUGUGGGCAACCAGCUUCCUUUUGUAGGAUUUACGUACUACAGCAACCGUCGGUAUUUAGCUGUCUCUGCAGAAAAUUCCAAUGAUAACAGAACAGGCUCCAGUGUGGAUAAAAGUGUGCUGGAAAAUAUGCAGAAGAUGAUCUAUGAUUUGGAAGAACAACUACAUAAUGAAAUGCAGCUGAAAGAUGAAAUGGAGCAGAAGUGCAGAUCUUCAAACAUAAAGCUAGACAAGAUAAUGAAAGAACUGGAUGAAGAGGGAAAUCAAAGAAAGAACUUGGAAUCAACAGUGUCUCAGAUUGAGAAGGAAAAGAUGGUAUUGCAACAUAAGAUAAAUGACUACCAAAGAAAAAUUGAACAAGAGAAUGAGAAAAGACGGAAUGCGGAAAAUGAAGUGUCCACACUAAAAGAUCAGAUGGAAGACUUGAAAAAGAUCAGCCAGCAUUCACAAAUUACAAAUGAGAAGAUAACACAAUUACAAAAACAACUAGAAGAAGCAAAUGAUUUGCUGAGGACGGAAUCGGAUACAGCAGCAAGACUGAGAAAGGGUAACACAGAAAUGAGCAAGUCAUUAAGUCAGAUGGAAUCACUGAACAGAGAACUGCAGGAAAGGUGCAGAGUUCUAGAAAGCACAAAACUGCAGGUGGAGAAAGAUUAUUACCAACUGCAAGCAGCUUUGGAGUCAGAACGAAGGGACAGAAGUCAUGGAUCUGAAAUGAUUGGAGAACUACAGGUUCGGAUUACAGCUUUGCAAGAAGAAGUAAAAAAUGUUAAGAACAAUCUUGAAAGAGUAGAAGCAGAAAGAAAACAAGCACAAGAUAUGCUUAAUCAUUCGGAAAAGGAAAAGAAUAAUUUAGAGAUCGAUUUGAACUACAGACUCAAAUCGUUACAAGACCGUUUGGAACAGGAAGUAAAUGAACACAAGGUGACUAAAGCUCGGUUAACUGACAAACAUCAGUCAAUAGAGGAGGCAAGAUCAGUUGCAAUGUGUGAAAUGGAAAAAAAGGUAAAGGAGGAAAGGGCAGCAAGAGAAAAGGCAGAAAAUCGAAUAGUUCAAGCUGAAAAACAGUGUUCCAUGCUGGACUUCGACCUGAAGCAAUCUCAGCAGAAACUGGAGCACCUUCUUGAGCAAAAAGAAAGACUGGAAGAUGAAGUCAAGAAUUUAACACUUCAGCUAGAACAAGAGACGAAUAAGCGAAUAAUGGCACAGAAUGAAUUGAAGGCACAGGCUUUUGAAGCCGAUAACUUGAAGGGUUCUGAGAAGCAGCUGAAACAGGAAAUCAAUACGCUGUUGGAAGCAAAGAGACUACUGGAAUUUGAGUUGGCUCAGCUUGCUAAACAGUACAGGGGAAAUGAAGGUCAAAUGCGUGAGCUUCAGGAUCAGCUUGAAGCUGAACAGUAUUUUUCGACACUUUACAAAACUCAGGUUAAGGAACUGAAAGAGGAAAUUGAUGAAAAGAAUAAAGAAACUCAAAGAAAAACGCAGGAAUUGCAAAAUGAAAAAGAAACACUCACUACCCAGCUGGAUUUAGCUGAAACCAAAGCUGAGUCAGAACGGUUGGCACGAGCACUCCUUGAAGAACAGUAUUUUGAACUAAGUCAAGAAAGCAAAAAAGCUGCAUCAAGACACAGGCAAGAAAUGAAUGAUAAGGACAGCAUCAUAAGAAGGCUGGAAGAAACUAAUAGCACAUUAACCAAAGAUGUCGAUUUAAUAACAAAGGAAAAUUCAGAGAUCAGUGAAAAAAUUAAGAAACAGGAGGAAGAAUACAAAAUGAAAAUUGAGGAGGAAAUCAAUAAUAUUAGAAUGCAUUAUGAGAAGAGCAUCAACACUGAAAGAACUCUGAAGACGCAGGCUGUCAACAAACUGGCUGAGAUAAUGAAUCGGAAAGAUUUUAAAAUAGACAGAAAGAAAGCUAACAUGCAAGAUUUGAGGAAGAAAGAGAAGGAAAACCGAAAGCUCCAAUUAGAACUUAAUCAAGAAAAAGAGAAGUUCAAUCAGAUGGUAGUGAAAUACCAAAAGGAGGUCAAUGAAAUGCAAGCGCAACUAGCAGAAGAAUCUACAUACAGGAAUGAGCUCCAGAUGCAGCUGGAUAGUAAAGAAAGUGACAUAGAACAGCUCCGAAGGAAAAUUUUGGACCUCCAGCAAGGAAUGGAUUCUACCAGUGUUGCAAGUCUCCCGCCAGAUGAAACAGAUGGAAAUCUUUCAGAAUCAAGACUUGAAGGUUGGCUUUCGAUACCAAACAAAGGAAAUAUAAAGCGACAUGGCUGGAAGAAACAGUAUGUUGUGGUGAGCAGUAAAAAGAUACUGUUCUACAAUGAUGAAAAGGACAAGGACCAGUCUAAUCCAUCCAUGGUACUAGAUAUAGAUAAGCUGUUCCAUGUCCGGCCUGUAACUCAAGGAGAUGUAUAUAGAGCUGAAACUGAAGAAAUUCCUAAAAUAUUCCAGAUUCUCUAUGCUAAUGAGGGGGAAUGCAGGAAGGAUUUGGAGGUAGAACCAGUACAGCCGGCAGAGAAGACAAAUUUUCUAAAUCACAAAGGCCAUGAAUUUAUUCCAACAUUAUACCACUUUCCAGCCAACUGCGAGGCCUGUGCCAAACCUCUUUGGCAUGUCUUUAAACCCCCUGCUGCCCUAGAAUGUCGAAGAUGCCAUGUGAAGUGCCAUAGAGACCACUUGGAUAAAAAGGAGGAAUUAAUUGCACCAUGCAAAGUGAGUUACGAUGUAACUUCAGCAAGAGAUAUGUUGUUAUUGGCAUCCUGUCAAGAUGAACAGAAGAAGUGGGUGACUCAUUUAGUAAAGAAGAUCCCUAAGACACCACCAUCUACUUUUGUUCGUGCUUCUCCUAGAACAAUGUCUACAAGAUCCUCAGCAAAUCAGUCGUUCCGAAAAGUUGUUAAAAAUACUUCUGGAAAAACUAGCUAACCACACGUACAGGGCUUAUUGGAAUCUCAUGGGAUGCGGUCUGAGAAACAGUGCUUUUUUUAACCACACAGAGCAGUGCAGACGGGCUGUUGUUCCUUUCAACAUAACUAUCACAGGCUUCAGGGUUAAGAUUGCUAUUACUGUCUCCUCCUUGCUUUGGCACAAAAGCACGCUGAGGGUGUUUAAUUGCGGGUUUGCCUAAAGGUAGAUUAGAUUAAUUAUUACUAUGUAAUGCAAGUUAAAGCAAAUAAAGCUUAGCUAGGUGUAUAAAAGAAGGUGCUGCCUUUUUGGAUUAAAAAAAAAAAAGCCUGUCAGUCAUGAUGAAAUGCAGCCAACUUUCUUCGUAUCAGUGAAAGAAAAGGACUGUUCACCCUGUAAAAGGGAUAUUUAUGUCAAGAUGAGCAUAUGAAGUGGAGUAGAGGAGGAAGGUUUCCCAAUGAGAAGGACUGCAAUUGCUUUCAAGACUCAAAAGUUGUGCUCUUGAAGACUGCAGAACUCACUUAAAAAUGAAGCCUUAUCACUUGAACUUCAGUGCCUUCACUGCAGAGUUCUUAACAGCCUUAAUGCUAACCACCCACUAUGGAAUGGAUCGAAGUGUUAAAUAUUUUGCAUUAUGCUUUACAAAAUACUGAUUCAGCAGGUUUGUAAAGGGGGGAAAACAAGUAAUUGCCUUUAAUCUAUGCAUUUUUGCCAAGCCAUACUGAAUUAUUUUACUAUUAGAGGCAUUAGAAACUAACAGUAAAAAGAACCACCAAGUUUGGAAGCAUAUUUUGGGGUACAUUGUUUCUGUAACUGUAAUGUAUUGCCUUACAAUUUUAAGUGAUAAUAUUCAUUAAGUUAACAAACAUUUAAGAAAUAUAUGCACUGUUUGAAAUGUAAAUUAUUCUUAGAACACUUUUACUGGGUUUUACAUUGUCCUUUUAGUGCCUUAAUUUGAGAUAAUUGUAUUAUUGCCAUGUCAAUAAAUGUAGAAAUCUAAAACUAAACAAAGGAAACCUC